AUUAACUUUAAAAUUAUCAUAAUUUGUGCAAAUACAUUUACAUACAUGUGUGUAUUUUGGUUUUGGAAGGGGAAAAUGUUGCAAUUAUUUUACUACUUUCUAAAACGAAUUUCAAAACCCUCUAACGCGGCGUCGCGUCAUAAAGAAAUUGGCGGCAACAGCCGCACUAGAAAUUCCCAAUCUCUGAAUCUAGGGUUCCGCCACCCCUCCAAGAAUGUUCGGAGCUCAGUCGUCCUCCCCGGCCUUCGCCACCCCUUCCUCCACUCCCGCAUUCGGCACGCCUUCAACUCCGGCGUUCGGUUCAUCGCUCUUCUCCACACCCUUUUCGCAACAAUCCCAACCGCAGCAGCAGCAGCAAACUCCGUCGCUGUUUCAGACGCCUCAGCAACAGCAACAGCAGCAGCAAACUCCAUCGCUCUUUCAGACGCCUCAGCAGCAAACUCCGUCGCUCUUUCAGACGCCUCAGCCGCAGCAACAGCAACAGCAGAGCCCCUUCGGCUUCACGACUCCGUUUAAUAAUGCUCAGCAACAGCAAGCGACUCUUUUUAAUAAUGCUUCUCCAACCAAUUUCAUGAAUCAGCAAUUGACCACUCAGAUGGCCCCAGUUGCUCCUCUCCCUUUUUCUCUAGCCGAUCGCGAUAUUCAAGCGAUUGUGGAUGCAUACAAAGAGGAACCUGGGAACCUUAAGUAUGAAUUUAAGCAUCUGUUGUUUAGUGUGACUGAACCUCAGUACAGGGCAAAGCCUGCUGGUGUAUCAGAUAUUAUGUGGGCAGAAGCAAUAACAAAACUAGAAGGCAUGGAAAGUUCCAAAAGAGAACGUUUAUGGCCUCAACUUGUGCAAGGUUUCAAAGAUCUUUCCCAGCGUCUUAAGCUUCAAGAUGAAGUCAUACUGUCAGAUUCUGAGAGACUGAAGAUGACCCAGAGCAAUGUUAAGAUGCUCCAAAGGCAUUUUCAAGCUGACACACUUCCUUGGAUUCAAAGGAUGCAACAGAAAGAGCAAGUACUUCAAAGGCGUCUUUUAAGGGUUAUGAGAGUAGUAGAGGCACUGGAUGGUAAAGGUUGUCGAUUACCUCUGAUGAAAGGAGAAGUAGAAUUAGCAGAGAAGUUGGCUGCAACGACGAGACAGUUAAAAGGAUCUGGAGCAGAACUUUCUAGACGGGUUCAGAAUCUGCUCAUGCUAUCUCGCCUUCAAGCAGACGGCCUAAUUGGUAGCUCAGUGUACCUGCCAGGAUCGACCAAAAUUCAUGAACAAAGUCUAGCUGACAUGCAGGAGGUGUUGCAACGACAGACGGAGGCUAUUGCGAGACUAGGCAAUGUGCUGAAGCGGGACGUGAGAGAUAUGGAAAUCAUAAUGGCCGAAGAUACAGAAAUGACCCAACAAGACUAACUUCAAACUCACUCUUUCCCUCAAUUGUAUCAACAAUUUGUUUGCCCACUCAGUGUAUUCCCUUCAUGCUAUAAUGUCACAAUACCCAAACACAAUUCAAGCUACUAUGUUCGUUCGAUACAUCUAUCAAUUUUAUUUCGUUUGUAAUGGGAGGACCAAAUCAUGUAGCAA